AUGGAUGCGCAGAAUGCUGCCGAGCCCGCCCCAACGAAGCCCGCCGCUUCUCCCAAGCGGCCAGGCAGCGACUCCGAUCACCCAAAGCCCGCCGCCGUAACCAAGCUGUCUAGCGUCGCCAAACCCGAGCUUCCUCAUAGAGAUGAUAGGCCGAGUGCAUCUUGUGCACGCCCCAGCGAUGAUGAUGGAGCCGCCGAUGGGAACUCGGAUGCCGAGACGAUCGUGUUGCCGGGCAAAGAUGGCCAUUCGCCGUCGAAAGUACGCAAGAUCAUCAAGCACGAAAAGAGCGACACGGACGAGGCCCUCCCUUCAUUGGCGAACCGCAAGCAUUCUCUGAUGAAGCAAGAGCGCGACAGUGACAAGGGCGACCAAGGCGACCGCCCCCCAAAACCGGACAGGCCCACGCUGGUUACCGGGGCCGGAUCGAACGAGGGCACCACACCGUCCAUUCUCGGUAAGAAGAAAAAACACUUGGACAAGCCCAAGGUCAAGGACGGCUCUAGCGGCUUGAGCUCCGCGCCGGGAUCUCCACCCCAACCCCAGCGACGCCGCCGUUUGUCGAAUGCCCACUCAAGGUCGGAUUCUGAGACAGCGCCUGUGGACUCGACAAAAACCUCGACCAAAGACAAAAGCAAACCACUCGAAAAAGUGUUACCACACAAGCGCAAGGCGACGAGGCCCGACUCCGAAGACGAGGCCGAGAGCCCUCACCGCCGCAGCGCCUCGACUCAACUUCUCUCGCAUUCGAAUGGUUUAAGCCAGAAGAAGAAGCGGGUACCGGCCCCGCUCCAGUCGACCGACUACCACUCGGACGACUCAUCGGCGAGCGGCAGCCCACAUCCGCGCAGCUCUAAACUUCGCGGAUUGGCGACUCCCGCCACCGCCGAUUCCACCGUCUCCCCUGCUAAAAUGGCGCCACACAAGAAGCAUCUCGAUGCCCACGGCCAGACCUUUCUUGCUAGAGCCUGCGCUAAGGGUGAGUACGACACAGCAAAGCUUAGGCUACAGGACCGUCCAGACGACAUCAACGUCGCCGACUAUGCUGGCAACACACCGCUACAGAUCGCUGCACUUAAUGGCUACGACGAUAUUGUUAAGUUGCUUGUGGAAGCCGGUUGCAAUCUCGACUGCGUCAACAAUGACAAGGACACCCCUCUGCUAGAUGCCGUGGAGAACGGCCACUUGGACGUGGUCAAGAUCCUUCUGGAUGCCGGCGUGAACCCCCGCAAGGCCAACGCGUACGGGCAAGAACCCAUCGACCGGGUGAACGACGAGCUUGAGUUUGCCGAUGAGAUCAGAGGAGCCCUAAACGACGCCAAGCAAAAGAUGGGCGAGCGGCGACGAACCUCGGAAGAGCAUCACACGGACAUGGCGGAUACUCGCUCAUCGUACGGCCCCGACAGUCCGAGGAGAUCACCCGGCGCACCGAACUCCAUCCACGCCGGCGCCGGUAGGAGGGCCGGAACCGUCCGAGCGACGAAGACUAGCAACCAUCUUUUAUAUAUGCCCAUGGACGACAAGACCCUUCGCUCGGCAGCUGCGCGUGGUGACGAGGAGACAGUGACGCGCAUUUUGCAAGUGAGGGAAAACUUUGACGAUCCGGAAUCCAUGGUUGCCGCCGCGAGAGGAGGCCACGACAUCGUCAUGCAGCUCUUGCUCGCCUUGGGCAAGGCAAACCCCGACCCGUCGCCUAUCCCGAGUCCGAACAGCGAACACUCGACCCCCAUGCUGGCCGCGAUUGGCCAGGAAAACAUCAAGGUCGUUCGGCUUCUUCUCGACCAGACCGAUUUUGACCCCACCCGUCGGAUCAAAGGGGAGGCUUAUCACGAAAUUGCGAGAAGGCGCCGGGGCCCGAACUGGAUGGAGGAAGAACACAUGCUGAAGGACGCCUACGACGAGCAUAGAAAGUCGCACAAGGAGAUUUCGAAAAAUCGAUCCCCCAGCAGGCGAGAACAAGUAGACCGCGAGCCGAGGCGCAGGCUGGAGUCGAGAGAUGAAUCCGCAAAACCCUUCAAGAGGAAAGCCAUCAGCCCCGCCAUGGAGGCUGAGAAACAUUCAACGAGCCCCAAAGAGAAAAGACGAGCGAGUUCUUUCACCGCCCACCAAGAUGACCAAACGUCACCAAAACGCGGCCCUGGGCCGGCCCAAGAAGGAUGA